GGACUAGGGGUAUUCUCCGAGAACAGAGACAAACUCAAAAAGGGAAAUGGGCAGUGUGGUAAGUUCAAGGGGAGGGGAGGUAUGUAGAUGAAACAAGAAGGAUAAGCUGAAGGUUGUUCGAUAGGGAUAGCGAUUCUUGGGGUUGUUACUUUCUGUGUUCUGUGUGGACAGGUGGGCAACGGGAUGAUGUCGGCACGAUGAUGGAUGACGAUGGGGGUGGUGGGCUCGAUUUUUUUUCUGGGUCAAUGGCCGCUGCCACUACCUGUUCAGGCGCUGGUAAGCAAACGGCAACUUGUAGCCUUUUCCUUUCCCUCGCCUCAAUCCGCAAGGGCCGAGGAUGUCGACAGCCAUGCAAACAAGCGUUUGGGAUGCGCACUGUUUCGCGCACCCCCACAAAACAGGCAGUGUGCUGAGCGGGCGUGUCCGUUGCGGCUAGAGAAAUGCUGUCCUUGUGGGUUCCUCUUUUGCAUGAGUGAUUUUCGCCAUUGGAACGCUUGUACUUUUCCUCAAGGCGCGACUCCCCACGCGGUUCGCUUCUCUCGCUUCACAGGGAACUAUACCAGGAACAAGAGGGCUAUUGCUUUUUCUGUGAUUUGCUCUUUGCGGUUCGCAGGAACCCUCUGGCCCGGUUCCUGUUCGAGUUGCGGCCAAAGACGAGGAUGCAUGUAAGACAUUGACGACAGAGUGGCUCAGGCAGUCGGUCCUUUGGACCCG